AUGGCAUCUAGACAAUCCCAGAAGAGACUAACAAAGGAAUAUAAGGCUAUUACGCUUAAUCCGCCCCCAUAUGUCAGCGCCAAGCCGAACGAUGAAAAUAUAUUGGAGUGGCACUAUGUGAUAACAGGACCACCCCACACGCCAUUCGAAGAGGGCCAGUACCAUGGGAUCUUGCGGUUCCCAUCAGAAUACCCGUUCAAGCCACCAUCGAUCUCGAUGAUCACUCCUAACGGGAGAUUUGCAUGCAACACAAGAUUAUGUCUCUCGAUGAGUGAUUACCAUCCCGACACCUGGAAUCCGGCGUGGAGUGUAGCCACGAUUUUGACGGGGCUUCUCAGCUUCAUGACGGGCGACGAGUCCACCACCGGGUCGAUCACUACCAGCGACAACGUCAAGAAGAGACUCGCACGCUCGAGUAAAGAGUGGAACAACGCCGAGAACCAGCGGUUUACAAAGCAGUUUCCUGACUUGGUGGCCCAGAAUAAGGUCGAUGUCGCGGCCAGAAACGCUCGUGAGCAGGCCGCAGCCACCACCGACUCCACAGACCCAGAAAAGCCCUUCGAUGUCCGGGAAAACAUCGAUCUGUUGGACCCCGAGGACAGAGCCAGGCUUCUUGUCGAACAGGACGACCAUCUGACCCCCUCGUUUGGCGUGCAGCGAUUCACCCUUGUUGGUGUGGUGGUCGCAGCCUUCAUUGCAGCCUAUUUCAACUUUUUCAGUCGGACCUAA